GCGAUAGUACGUGCUGCAGCGGCCGCCAUAUUCUGUCAGUAUUUUGAUUCGUAUCUGCUGAAGUGAGGAAAAAGAGAAAAGUGACGGGCUGCUGCGGGGAGGGGGGCAGAGGACGAGGAGCUGUCAGAAACUUCUCCCUGAGUCUCUGUCAGACCAGGAGGGCCGAGGCUGGCCCUUUUUCCUGCCUCUGACGCUGUUCCGGGGACACGAAGGCCCGGGGCCUCGGUGUGGUGGCUCCUCUUCUCCCCGCUCGGCUGCUGCUCUCAGCUCCGCGGCCCUUCGGAGCUCCGGCGGCGGUGUCAGGUGUUGAAGGCGCCCCGGGGAGCGGCGGCGGCUGAAAGUCUAGACGUUCAAAAUGAGAGCCGUUUGCUGCCACAACUGACGUCCAAGUGCACUGAACACAACCAUCAGUCCUGACCUGGCAACAUACGAAUGGCCCAGGGAAGCCAUCGGAUUGACACUCAGGUUUUACACGAACUGCGUCAAAAGUUCCCUGAAGUCCCAGAAGGUGUUGUUUCCCGCUGUGUUCUGCAGAAUAACAACAACUUGGACGCCUGCUGUGAGUACCUGUCCCAGGUGAGUCCAGGCUACCUGUGCAGCGAAGAAGGAACAGUGAGUCUUCCUGAAGAGCCCGGCUUCCCUAGGCUUUGUAAUCACAUGACCCAGCUGAACCUGGGCUUGCAGUGUCAGAAUGUGCAUGUGGCCCCAGCUCGGGACAGCUCGAGAAUGAAUGGCAGCCGGACUUUGGCCCACAGCCUGAGUGACGGGCCCCUCCUGACAGGCCAGGCCUCCUUCCAGCAGGAGCCCGAGUCGGCCACGGUGCAGGUUCCCUCCUCUCUUAAUGUUUAUGGUGUGAUGGAGCGUCAGCAGCCACCUCCUCAGCACCACGUCCUCUGCCCUCUGGGUGCAAAAGGAGCAGCGAUGAGUCCUCAGCACACGCCUCGCUUCAAGCCCAUCACCGUGACCCUGGCACCCAACCUUCAGACGGGCCGCAACACGCCCACCUCUUUGCUCAUACGCGGGGGGCCGCAGUCAGGCCUCAGCAGUCCACAGGGUAACUCCAUCUACAUUCGUCAGUCCAGUACGGCCCGGCAGGGCCAGCAGCAGGGGGGCAGGGCUCAGUUCAGCCCCAUCUCUCAGCCCCAGCAGCAGACCUCUCAUGUCUACAUGCCCAUCUGUUCCCCCACUAACCCCCAGGCUCCCUCCGUCUUCCCCGUUGGAAGCCAGGCGUCCUCCAGCGGCGUCUCCUCGUGCUCCUCUUCCUCCUCUCUCAUGCCCACCUCCCUGUCCAGCAUCAGCCAGUACAACAUCCAGAACAUCUCCACCGGGCCUCGCAAGAAUCAGAUCGAGAUCAAACUUGAAUCUCCUCAGAGGAGCGGUUCUGCCACAGCUGUGCUGCGGACCAGCAGUGGUCCCCGUUCCUCCUGCUCCUCCUCUGCCUGCCCCUCCUCCUCCUCCUCCUCUUCAACAGGGAUGGCUUCUGUCCCCAUCACUCCACAAUCCAUGGGAGGUCCGGGCUCGAGGUGCAGCCAGCCCACCGUUUUCAUCUCUGCCAAUUCUCCUACAGCUGCUACCGCUCCCGGUGAGGAGGCCAUGAUGGCGCCCGCCGGCUCCCGCUCCCAACCCAAGUUCUACAUUUCUGCUAACGCCUCCAGUGACGACAGCGGAGCCAGGAAUCCUCCUACAGUCUACAUCUCAGCUAACGCUCCCCUGCAGGGACCCUCAGGAGCAAGAAACAUGGGGGGCCAAGUGAGCAUGGGCCCUGCCUACAUUCACCACCACCCCCCCAAGUCCCGAUCCUCUGUGGGAGGUGGAGGCACAGCUUCGUCCCCCCGUGUGGUGGUGACUCAGCCCAACACCAAAUACACAUUUAAAAUCACAGUGUCUCCUAACAAACCCCCCGCCGUGUCUCCCGGAGUCGUGUCCCCCACCUUUGAGCCCAACAACCUCCUCAGCCUACCUUCAGACCACCACUUCGUGGAGCCGGAGCCCCUGCAUCUUUCAGACCCACUGUCGCCACACAGCGAGGGUCCGAGUGAGCCUCGCAGGCUCAGCGUGGGUUCUGAUGAUGCAGCCUACACACAAGCUUUGUUGGUCCAUCAGAAAGCUCGAAUGGACAGACUCUGGCAUGAGCUGGAAAUGAAGAAGAAGAAGCUGGAGAAACUAAAAGAGGAGGUGAACGAAAUGGAAAAUGACCUGACCAGGAGACGCUUGGAGAGAUCCAACUCAGCCUCCCAAAUUCCUUCUAUUGAUGAAAUGAAGAAUUUGCGAUGCAAAAACAGGACGCUGCAGAUCGACAUCGAUUGCCUUAGCAAAGAAAUAGAUCUUCUUCAAACAAACGGACCACACUUAAAUCCCAGUGUAAUCCAUAACUUCUAUGACAACCUUGGAUUCCUUGGUCCUGUCCCACCAAAACCCAAAGGUACUUCAUGUGUUGACCCGGGCAGUAAGGCUGUGAAGCCCCCCAGCGCAGACCAGGAGGAGGACGAGGGAAUGCAGUGGAGCUGCACCGCCUGCACUUUCCUCAACCACCCUGCCCUGGACCGCUGUGAACAGUGUGAAUUCCCGCGGCGUUUCUGAGCCACCGAGGCACGCGGCCCCCCUCCUCUGCACAUUAGAAUAGACCCCGCCCCCCGGUCCUUUGAGUUUUUUCUUGGUCUUGAGGUGUACGAGGAUUGAGGGGGUACAUCGUGGCCUGUUUUCCUCCAGUUUCUUGGUGUUUCUCCUGUCUGAGGUGUGCAGAAUGCUGUCCACUGAAGGCUCACCUGGAUGGUCGGAUCACACCUCACCUCAGAGACCCGGAUCAGGUUCCCCCUCUUCUGCUCGCUGGGUGACACUGAAGGCCCCAGGGAGCCCUCGCUGCUUCCACUCCCAGUAUUACCAGUGUGGCCCUACACAGGUGUGCUUUUAGCUGAUCCAGGUGAGAAGUGUUCAGCCCUGAGGGGAAACUAAGACCACUGCUGGACCUGUUAUGGAACAGCUGCCUUUAGCUGACCCUUCAGCACCUCCUGUCUGUCCACUCUGUGAUGACUUCAAGAGGAGAAGGAAACCAGUUGCAUGCUUUGUGAACAGUGUACGGAGGCAGAAGCUCCUGCAGCUUUAGGCUGUACAUAAUUUUAGAAAAAAGCUUUUCAAAUCGUCUUCCUCACUCUACGAAUCACUUGUGUUUCCUGUAAUUAGCUUUGUAGACUUGAUGGGUUGGUUUCCCCUGUGGGAGGUGCAGCUCUGCAGGAGGAGGAGCAGAGCAGGUCAAACCCUCAGUCACAUGAAGCUCUGCUGCCUUCAGCUUGUGUCUGUGCAGACUUUCAUGUGUUCAUCUGUUCAUGUAAAGAGUCAAAAUGA